AUGGGUUGCGUUAGGCGAAUCUUGAAAGAGCUUCGGAUCAAAGAUUGCGACCUGGUGAAGCCGUUGGCGCUACCAUUGCAAGGGACGGAGGAUGAUGUCACCCACCAUCUUGAGAUCAAUAUUACAACAAUGAAAUCCGUUGCAAGUAAUUCGAGCACGCAUCAUCGAACGAAAAUUGAAGAGAACAUUGAGAUGAAGCAAACUGAAGCAGCGGCCACGAACAUUGAUGCACCAGUUACCAAUGAGAGAACAAGCGAAACUAUGAAAGGCAAUUACUUGGCUGGAAAUCCAAAGAUUACUACUGCGGCUUCGAUAAGUGAGCCAGCAGCAGCAGUUAAGAAAGAGCUAAAAGUUUCUUUCUCUUCUGAAAUAGAAGCUACAGCACCACAUCAAGAACGUUUAAUAGGUUUCAUCGAUAAUACAACGAAUCGUUCCCCGGAGGGAAUCAUAACGAGUAGACUUUCUAGAAAUGAAUCGUCGAGUCGUAGGCUUUCGGCUCCCGAGACGUCGACAACAGUCUUGGAAGCUUCAAUCACCGGAUCGAGUGCAAAAACAUUAUCAGCGUCAACAACGAUCGGAACGACUCAACUUACGACUUCGGUACUUGGCAAAGUUGCAUUUAAAACAAGAAACGACCUCGUCGGUGGCACUUUUCACGAAAUCAAGUCGGGGCAGAAAAUUAAUGGCUUGAAUCAAGGCUAUAUUGGUAUUAGUAAGAUUGUCAAGCCAAAUAUUGCCUCAGCUCUCGGUAAAUAUACGCCAUACUUCGAGGAUGGUCAGAAGGAAGUUAACGUGACGACGAGGAUCGGUAGCACUGUCGUUCUUGACUGCGAAAUCGGCAUGUUGGGUAAUAAGACGGUCACGUGGUCCUAUCACAGCGCCGAUGUUAUUCGUCUUCUCACCGUCGGUCGCAGUGCUUACAGCAUCGAUCAACGAAUCAGCCUUUUCUUCAGAUAUCCAACAAAUUGGAGACUUCGAAUCCAGUAUGCAACUCCUCGCGAUUCUGGAUUAUACGAGUGCCAAGUAGCGACUUUUCCUCCAUUAGUGAAGAAAAUUCAUCUUCUAGUAACUGCGCCGAUACUUGUAAUAAUGGACGACUCCGGAAGAAUAAAGUCUGGAGAAAGGCAUCUGAAAGCCGGUAGUGCUUUACGUCUACGAUGUGAAGCGCGCGAUGUACCAGAGCGAUAUAAUGAAACUGUCAUUUGGACCAGAGGAGAUGAAAUCCUCAACGAAGACGUUAGUGAAAACAGAACUGCCGAGUGCUUAGAUGGCAGAGAGAUUCAAGUUAUCGUGAGUACGAUAGUAGUGGAGAAGGCAACACCCCGUCAUGCUGGUAACUAUAGUUGUGUUGUACCUGAAAAAGCUAAAGCUACGGUUGCGGUACACGUUCUUAACGGAGAACUGCCAGCUGCAGUACAUGAUGGAAACGGAGUUUCAAAAUCAGUCCUAAAUCUCUGGCUCGUUCAUUUGACUGUCAGCUACGUCUUUUCCAGAUGA